AUGAUUUUUCAUUUGCACUUUCUUACCCUGUCGUAUCUCUUACAGAUUUGGACCACCAGAAUUACCCAUGGAAGUUUGUUUCCAGUCGACAGAAAAGAGUUUUUAGCAUACUUAAAUAACCAUGGACUUCCCAAGUACUACACUCUUGCCUUGAUAAGCAAGUGCGUAAAUGAAGAAGAUGCAACCGUAUUGUCUACAUUACUUGGUGUUUCAGAAACGACUUCCAAGUUAUCUGGGACAAAGAUUAGUCUCUGGUUAUUCAUCCUUGGUCUUCUUAUGUUCAGUCAUAUCAUGCUCCUAUGUGGUGUCUGUCAUCCAACAUUACUUUGGGAUGCUGUGGACGCUUUCAACAUUCCAAACAUCCUCAUGUACACUGUUGUCAUGACAACUUUGUUUCUCAGUCUGCUGUGGCAAGUGGGUGUCGUAUGGCAGUAUUUCAGGUUGUGGAGGGAAAAUCGUCAUCAGGAGCAGAGUGUGUCUCAGUUUUUAUCCGUCCAUAAGUCUUUUGGUAAUUUCCUGAAGAAGUCUGUGCUAUAUGUUCAAGAAGUGGAAGUCAUUUUAAGAGGUUAUACAAUGAUGACACCAUUCACCCCCAUAUCUCACCUGGAGAGGGGUAGCCAAACACAACUUCAAUGCCCUGCCCUUAGACAGGCUAUCUUCCAGGCUGCUAGAAACCAAUUUCUGUCUCUGAGGCAAGCCAUGCUGUCAACCAUAGCUGAUAGUCCACUAAGAGAUGAAGAACAGAGAGACUUAGAAGACGUCUAUCUCGCUACCACAGAUCUACAACACUUGGCAGGGGAACUGUCAAUUUUAACUGAUGACUCUACAGGACCAUACCCCACCUCUUAUUUGAAGGUAAAUAUCAUUAGUCUGAAAUAUUUUCAUUACAUGUGUACGAGUGUAGAGUAG